AUGAAUAUUUACCGAUCGUCUCAUAUAUUUAUUUUUCUUUUCACUAUCUUAACAUUUAUUCAUUGUGAUGAACAUGAUCAUAGAUAUGAAGAUGGUAGUGAAGUUGUCUUAUGGAUGAAUACAGUUGGCCCAUAUCAUAAUCGACAAGAAACAUAUAAUUAUUUUUCAUUGCCAUUUUGUCGUGGAACGAAAAAAGAAAUCUCACAUUAUCAUGAAACUUUAGGUGAAAAUAUUUUAGGUGUGGAAUUAGAAUAUAGUGGAGUUGAAAUCAAUUUUAAACGUGAUAAAACAAAAAAAGAUAUUUGCGAAGUAACGCUAACACCGGAAUUUUAUGAUGAAUUCACAUAUGCAGUUAAAAAUCAUUAUUGGUAUCAAAUGUUUAUUGAUGAUUUACCGAUCUGGGGUAUUGUUGGUGAAAUGGAUGAAUCAGGAAAGUCUGCAUAUAUAUGGACACAUAAAAAAUUUGAAAUUGCAUAUAAUAAUGAUCGAAUAAUUGAUGUUAAUUUAACAUCGGAAGCUAAAACACGUUUACAACCAAAUAUGCAAUUAACAUUUACAUAUGAAGUUAUAUGGAAACCAUCAAAUAUACCAUUCGUAAAAAGAUUUGAUAAAUAUCUUGAUCCAGGCUUUUUUCAACAUAAAAUUCAUUGGUUUUCAAUAUUUAAUUCAUUUAUGAUGGUUUUAUUUCUUGUUGGACUUGUUAGUAUGAUUUUAUUACGUACAUUACGAAAAGAUUAUGCUCGAUAUGGUAGAGAUGAUGAUUUAGAUGAUAUGGAAAGAGAUUUAGGUGAUGAAUAUGGUUGGAAACAAGUUCAUGGCGAUGUUUUUCGUCCACCAGCACAUCCAAUUUUAUUUGCAUCAUUAAUUGGUUCAGGUUAUCAAAUAGCAACAGUAGCAAUACUUUGUAUUUUAACAACAAUUGCAUUUGAUCUCUAUACAGAGCGUGGAUUACUUUUUAGUACAGCGAUAUUUUUAUAUGCUGCAUCGUCUGUUGUUAAUGGUUAUGCAGGUGGAAGUUUAUAUGCACGAAUGAAAGGACAAUUAUGGAUAAAACAAUUAAUCGUUGGAGCGUUUCUUGUACCAGCUAUUAUUUGUGGUGUAGCAUUUCUUGUUAAUUUUAUUUCAAUUUAUUAUGGAUCAUCACGUUCACUUCCAUUUACGGUUAUGUUAAGUGUAACAGCAAUUUGUCUAUUCAUAAUUUUACCAUUAACUGCAGUUGGAACUGUAUUAGGAAGAAAUAUAAGUGGAGAACCAAACGAUCCAUGUCGAACAAAUGCAGUACCACGUCCAAUUCCGGAAAAGAAAUGGUUUAUGGAACCAAAUGUGAUUAUAUUUGCAAGUGGAGUAUUACCAUUUGGAUCAAUUUUUAUUGAAAUGUACUUCAUUUUUACUUCAUUUUGGGCUUAUAAAAUUUAUUAUGUUUAUGGAUUUAUGUUACUUGUAUUUUUAAUACUUGCCGUUGUUACUGUAUGUGUAACAAUUGUUGCGACUUAUUUCAUGCUCAAUGCAGAAGAUUAUCGAUGAAAUCGGCUUAAUACGACUGCACCAUUUUCACCUUCAAUAGAUAUUAAUUCACGUCUUUUUGCUGUUUCUCAUGAUGCGAAAUUUAUUUAUAGUGGUGCUCAUUGGGAUUGGUCUUUACGUACAUAUUCAAUAACUAAAGCAAAAACAAUUAAUUCUGUUGUUCAUCAUACAGAUAUUAUUACAUGUUUAACAUUAGAUUCAACUGGUUAUAUUCUUAUUACUGGUUCACGUGAUACAACAUGUAUUAUUUGGUAUUUAACAUUAAACGAACAAGAUUCAACAACAUUUACUUCACCAAAAAUAACACUCUAUGGUCAUACAGCUGAAGUUACAUGUGUUGCAGUUUCAUCUGAACUUGAUCUUGUUGCUUCAGGUUCAUUAGAUGGUACUUGUAAUAUGUAUACAAUGGAACAUGGAAUUUAUGUACGUACAUUACGACCAACGAAUAGUAUUAAUGAUCCGAUUGUGAAUUUAAAAGUAUCUGAUGAACGACAUAUUCUUAUACAAACAGAACAUGAUGAUACACAUUUAUUUUUAUAUUCAAUUAAUGGUCAUCUUAUUCGUACAAGAAAAUUUGAAUAUCAUGUUGUUGAUAUGCUUUUAAGUGAUCAAUAUAUUAUACUUGCUGUUAAUCAUAGUUCACCAAUCGAAAAAAGAUCCGAAUCAACAUCUUCAUCAUCAUCAUCAACACAAACAUCAGCAGUAAUUGCAAGAGUUAUUAUAAAAGAUAUGUUUGAAAUGAUUACUAUUCAAACAAUUCGACUUCGAACAGAAAUUAAUUGUCUCUAUUUAACAAAAGAUUAUAGUCAUUUACUUGUUUCUGUUAAGGAUGGAAAAUUAUUUGUUUUAACAGCAGGAAAAAAACGAGCACCACGAAGGUUAUCAAAAUUUGAAAAAUAA